AGCCUAUUUGGCAUCUACGUGUAAAGUUUUGUUGCUUUUUGGCUUAUGUGGCAGGUGAGAUGGCAUCGAUUCAGCAUUCCGUUAGUCAAUUUAACGCCGUCCAACACGCCGUUAUAGUUUCAGACGGAAGUGGAUAGAUUUGUCACACAACCUUUCGAUUUUUGGAUAUUUCAUAUAUUUCGAUAGUUGUGAAUAUAUUUGUCACAAACCUGAUAGUUGUAGAUAUACAACUGUAUUUUGCCUUUAUUCAAAACCAAGAAAAAGAUAGCAUUCCCUCCUCCUUCUUCGCCGACAUUCCACCGCCACCGCGUCUGCUUGCUGGGCUCCCACGUUUGUGAUCUCAAGUUGUCAUUUCUCAACCACCAAUAAUGUGGUUGAGCACGUUUUUUAAAUGGUUGGUAGAAGAAAGAUAUUCUUGACGAAAGCUAUCUGUCUCAAAUCUCAGCCGUCUACUCAAAUGCAUGCAGGCUUUUUGUGGUUCAUACUAAGCCAUGAAAUUUUAUCAUACAAAUUUCAUAUGAAUUCUUGGAUCAUUUUAUCAUAUAAAUUUCUAUUCUUUCGGUUGGGAUUUACAUGGAAAAGAUAGUAAAAUCAUACCCCCCGAGUGUUAUUCUAGUUCGAAAACGGAUAAAAAUAAUGAAAAUUAACCUUGUGUAUAGUAAAGUAUUAAGUAAUUAUGAACGCGUUCACUAAAGGUUAAAACUAAUCUUAUCAUCACAAAUGACAAAACUCGAGCUUAAUUUGAGGCUUCCAUCAAGAUAUCCCAACGCGGACAAUUAUUAGUUUGUCCUUGACGACAAUUGUCAUCACUUGGACUUAUAGAAGACAAGAGGUCGAUCAGACCUGCCUGUCUGCCUUUGGACCUGUAAGGACUAAGGGUUUUGGUCUUUUUUUUUUUUUUUUUUUUGGGUGUGUGUGGCUAUUUGAAGUGCUGUUAGACAAGUGUGGCAGUACUCAAUUCAGUUGCAUUUGGUUAAUUGUAGCUUGAUUAAUUUGACUAUUUGGUUGGAUUGCACAAAAAUUCUUCAUAAAUUUGGUGUAAGUAGAGUGCUCCACCACGGCACUCUCUCCUCUAUUUUCAAUCUAUCCAUUUUAAAGAGGAUUGAUAAUUCUCGUCCUAAGCUUUACUAUAAUUACUCUAACGAUAAUUGAUAACUUUUUUCUUUUAGAAAAAAAAGUACAAUUACUUCAUUGCCUUUCUUUAAUUAAUUAAUUGUUUGUUAUAACUUAUUUUAUUUUAUUUUAACAAACGCAACCCCACCAUUCAACACGUUACAAAGUGUCGUUUUUGAAAAAGACAAGUCGUGAUAAUUAAAGUUGUGGCUUCAAUAUUGUAAGAACUCAGUCAUGGGUCAGCCACUUGUAGUUGUGCAGCACAACAUUAAAAGAUCAUGAUCACAUAUAAUAGCUAGAAGAAAACGACAAAUUUGGGGGAGGCUGUAUCUAUUCUGGCAUAAAUGCAGCUGGGUCCCUCCCUGGCUAUAAGAUUGAUCAUUCACCACCAUACUCUUCUCCUUCCUUCAUCAUUAUCAUCUUGAGCGAUCGAUCGAGUCACAAACAAAACAAUUAAGGCAGAUCAUCAUAGAGAGAUUCGACAGAGACAGAUAUAUAUAUAGUAAAAAUGGCCGCUGGGUUCACAGAUAGGCAAGAAGCUUUGGUAAAGGAGUCAUGGAAAGUACUGCAAAAGGACAUCCCACGCUACAGCCUUCUCUUCUUCACCACGAUUCUGGAGAUAGCUCCAGCGGCUAAACAGAUGUUUUCGUUCUUGAGAGAAUCUGAUGAGAUCCCACAAAACAAUCCCAAGCUCAAAGCCCAUGCCGUCAAGGUCUUUAAGAUGACUUGCGAGUCGGCGGUUCAACUUCGGGAGAAAGGAGAGGUGGUGGUGAAGGAGACGACUCUUAAAUAUUUGGGGUCCGUCCACCUCAAGAAUGGAGUCGUUGACCCGCACUUCCAGGUAGUCAAAGAAGCGCUGGUGAGAACUCUGAAAGAGGCGAUCGGAGAUGAGAAAUGGAGCCACGAGCUGGAGGGUGCAUGGAGCCACGCUUAUGAUCAACUCGCUGCUGCCAUUCAACUUGAGAUGAAACAAGAAGCUGCCGCCGCCGUCGCAGCUGCUUGAUAUAAUUUUGUAUCAAUAACAUGUUCCAUAAUUUUCUUCGGCCAAAUUGUUACACGCCUCUAAAUUGACAAGAACAGAGUAACAAAUGCGAGGGGAAAAUGGGGCAAAAGAUCCCAGAUUUGGGCUGAGGCCGGCUUAGGCUCCAUUUGAGGCCAACGAAAACUCGGCCCAUCUAAAUACCAGAUAGAUUGUCUUAUCUUCAUUAGCCUAAUGUGUACAAAUAAGAAAAUGGGCACUGCCCAUUCCAUGCCCAAGAAGGGAGGUGAAAUGGGCCGGGAAGCAUGGAGGCGAUUCGGCAACUCUUGAUCCAGCCCACGUCCAAGCUUCUUGAACUUCUUGUUUGUCUCUCGACCUUGCAGUACAGCGGUAGAAUUUGAUACGAGAUUCUUUUAGUAUACUCACGAGUCAUAAAGAGAUUAUGCAGAAGUUCUUGUUUCUCGACAUUGCAGUUGAAUUGGGUAUCUUUUAUAAUGCUCACGAGUCUCCAUUCAUAAAGAGAUAUUGUUUAUGUAGCUUAAUGUGACAUACAUUAAUUUGAUCUACCGCGAUACUAGAUUAGGUUACAAAAAUAUGUAAUAAAAAAAAACUAAUCUAUGAAGAAGGUAAAUCUCAAUUACCAUGUAUCGAGUUUCAACUUUUAGGUUUUGGAUAAGCUUUUCCUUUUAGUAUCCGGUAUUUUGUGUCUGAUUCAUUCAGAUCGAAACAAAAAUGUUGAAAUGAGUUUUUACUCUAAAACAAACAUCGACAAAAACUUAUUUAAUUCAAGAUGAACUGUGGAUUUGGGCAACAACAAAUCUUUGUUUCUCUUUGCCAUUCCUGUCCGAGAUGAGCUUGCAUGUAUGUGUCUUAUUGAGGAAAGCUUAACCUUAGCUCAUAUUUCAUAUUGUUCCCCUUUGUUAAAUUUUGGAAUAAUAGAAGGAGAUCGAUUUGGUGAGUAUUUCUGUACUGUUGCUUGUUGGCUGUUAGCAUCCAAAUGUAGCAGUUGGGAAGAGGAAAAAAGAGAAAAAGAAAGAAGGUCAGCUCUGGUCACAUCUUCAACUGCAAUGCGCCAACUGGUACUUGCUUUAUCUUCCAGCAACAUAAUACUACUUCCUUCCAACAAAACCAACCAAAAUACUACUACCCUCCAAUCAUUUCCUUAUCGCCAAUAUAGGUUUCGAUAGAAU